GUCCUGGUCCUCUUCUGCUGUCAUCAUGCCGACGUCCAGGCCCGGUUCGGAGCCGGUGGAGUUCUGGGUGGACGGGUCGAGGCGGGACGGGACGGUGGAGGACUUCUACACGCUGAGCGCCGAGCUGGGCAGAGGAGCGACGUCCAUCGUGUACCGCUGUGAGGAGAAACAGACCCAGAAACCCUACGCUGUCAAAGUCCUCAAGAAAACGAUCGACAAGAAAAUCGUGCGCACUGAAAUCGGCGUCCUGCUGCGUCUUUCCCACCCGAACAUCAUCCAGCUGAAGGAGAUCUUUGAGACGGACACUGACAUCGCUCUGGUGCUGGAGCUGGUGACUGGAGGAGAGCUGUUUGACAGGAUCGUGGAGCGCGGCUACUACAGCGAGAGAGACGCCGCUCACGUCAUCAAACAGAUUCUGGAGGCUGUGGCGUAUUUACAUGAGAACGGUGUUGUGCAUCGUGACCUCAAACCGGAGAACCUGCUGUACGCCGACCUGUCUCUGGACGCUCCGCUGAAGAUAGCUGACUUUGGUCUCUCCAAAAUCAUCGAUGACCAGGUGACCAUGAAGACUGUAUGUGGUACUCCAGGGUACUGUGCUCCUGAGAUCCUGCGGGGAAAUGCCUACGGCCCCGAGGUGGACAUGUGGUCGGUGGGCGUCAUCCUCUACAUCCUACUCUGUGGAUUUGAGCCCUUCUUUGACCCGCGGGGGGAUCAGUACAUGUACAGCCGCAUCCUCAACUGCGACUAUGAGUUCGUGUCCCCCUGGUGGGACGAGGUCUCCCUCAAUGCCAAGGAUCUGGUCAGUAAGCUGAUCGUUCUCGACCCUCACAAGCGGCUCAGCGUGCGGGAGGCCCUGCAGCACCCCUGGGUGCUGGGUAAAGCUGCCCGGUUCUCCCACAUGGACACCACCCAGAGAAAGCUGCAGGAGUUCAACGCUCGACGCAAACUUAAGGCUGCCAUGAAGGCCGUCGUGGCCACCAGUCGGAUGCAUGAGGGCUCGCGGCGUCGCACCGACAGCUGCGAGAUUCCAGGUUCGGGGACUUCUCGGCAGAGCAGCAUGCAGCAGGACCCGCCUCCUGAGUCCAAAAGUCCCGCCACUGAAGACAAAAAGGCUCCAUCCCCGGACCAGCAGCUGCCGCAGGAAGUUGAAUCAAAGUCUGCCGACCAAAGUGCCCUCAGCCCCUCCCCUCCAUGCAGCCCAAAACCGCCAAGCUCCGAUGCCACGCCCACAGGCCCCGCCCCCACCAGACCGCCGCUGCGUGUUGACGGGAUGCGACAGGCGUCCGUCAUCCCCAAAAGCAUGUUGGUCCAACCGCGACUGCCGCAGAAAAGCUGCUCUGUCAUAGAGGCCACGCCCAGAGUUGAGGCCACGCCCCCGAGUCCCAACAAUCUCAGCAAUGGCUUCACAGCAGGGGCGGAGCCUGCCAGUAAGACCGCCCACUGCCAGUGA